AUGUCGCGCGUCGUGAGGAUUUUGCGCAACUCCACGCGGCUCGCCCCACACACCAUCAUCGUGGCGCGGUGCGUUUCCUCGUGGACGUCGUGCAGCUCGAAGCGCUCCCACCGCACACUUACAUCAUUGACGGGCACGGCCACAUGGAAGGCGAACGCGUUGCCCUCCACACGGAACCGCGCACCGCCACUCGCCUCAUCGAGCAGCGACACGCACACAUUGGCCGCUCGCCAGGCGACAUGCACCACACGUCCCGCGUUCGCCUUUGACGCCUCCGCCACGUCACAAAUUUCACUACAACCCCCAGCACCGUUGCCGCCGCCGCCGUCGCCGCCGCUAACAACAACGACGAAAGCAGCAGCAGCUGCAGCAGCUGUGGUGGUAAUAGUAGGCGAAGUGUUUUCUGUUGUGACAGGUGUGGUGGAAACCGGCGAGGCUGGUGGUGGUGGUGGUGUUGGCAGACGCGACAAGUUGCCGCUCGCCAGCCGGCAGAGCUCGACAAGAUCGCUCUCCGCAAUGUUCAGCGCAAUGUCAUCGCCGCGCAGCUCAACGCGCAGCGGCUCUUCUGAGAGUGGGUCGAGUGGGCUCUUCACCGAUACGUCAAGCAUCGUCGUUGGCAUCAGUACGUGCGGCGGCACAGGCUCUCCUUCUGGCCCUGGCAAACACUCCCGCAACAGGCGAAUCUCGCGCAGGGAGAUGUUCAUUGUUUGCUGCCCCUCCGCCGAAAGCAGGCUGCUCUGCAGGGCGACGUGCUCGACGGACACCUGGAAGUCCUCACUGCAGCUGUCGCUGCUCCCACGGGCGUCUAUGGGGAGGAAGAAGACUAAAUCACGUGCAUACACGCGUAGACUUGUCAGCAGUGUUGGUGGAUGCAUUGUGGGCGGUGAUACCACCAAACGACCAUCGUAG